AUGCAGAUCUUCGUGAAGACCCUUACCGGCCAGACCAUUGCCCUUGAGGUGGAGCCCAGGGACACCAUCAAAAAUGUGAAGGCCAAGAUCCAGGAUAAGGAAGGCAUUCCGCCGGACCAGCAGAGGCUCAUCUUUGCAGUCAAGCAGGUGGAAGAUGACCGCACUCAUUCUGACUAUAACAUCCAGAAAGAGUCGACCCUGCACCUGAUCCUGCACCUAACGGGUGGCUGUUAA